UCAGACGCCAGCCCAGCCCAGCCCAGGCCAGGCCACCUCACCUCGACGGAACGCGGCAGCCGCCUACGGUGGCAGCAGCACCGAGCAGCGACGGCCGACGGCGUCGAUGCGGGGGCGGGCGGCUCUGGGGUCGCGCAUCAGCCACGCGUGGGCGUGACGGGGGCGGUAGUUGCGCGCAGCUGGGCCGAGUAGCGGCGUCCCCUCCCUACGGGCCGAGACGCCGAGUCUCUCACUGCCGCGCCGCCGCGCAUUCUCACAGGCCCCAGGCGCUGCCGUGAGGUGUUGUUCUACUCUCAGUGUUGAGGCAUUGGACGCAAUUGCUAGAGAUCCGACUUUAUUCUUGGAAGCCUUUGUUCUUGAUUGUUCCUGAUCGAAACAUUAUUUUUUUGGCAAAUGAGUGCCGGUGGCGCUUUUGGUGGAAAUAGGGGGGUGAGGCCUGUACCUCCUGAAAAAGGUGUAUUCCCAUUGGAUCACUUACAUGAGUGCGACUUGGAGAAGAAAGACUAUCUUGCUUGCCUGAAAUCUUCAGGAUCCCAGUCUGAAAAAUGUCGGCAGUUCUCAAAGAAGUAUCUGGAAUGUCGAAUGGAGAGAAACUUGAUGGCGAAGCAAGACAUGUCAGAGCUUGGGUUCAGAAAUCUGGAUGAAGUGGAUACAGCUCCUUACAAGAAAGGCAAACUGGAGACCCUUCCUAAUGAGGCAAAGGAGAAAAAAAAAUAGCUGCUUGAUUUCGAUGUAGCUUCUGUAUUUUUCUGAUGCAAGUUGUUCAUCCAGGAGAUCUGUCGAGACCUGAGAGCAAAGAAAGGCUUAAUAAAAAGAAAAAUGGUAGCAAAUUUGUAACCAAUGCUGAAACUUAUCUAUUUGUUGCUCUGACGUUCCUAAAAAGAUAUAUGAUCGGGCUGCAGAUUAUAUUGACC